GACGAAGCUAAAGAAAGCCCAUUUCCAUGGCCUCUUUCAGCACCUUGAAUGUUUUUAGUAAGGAGGAUUUUGAGGAAAACUGGACCAAGAUUGGCACAGGAUCCUUUGGACAAGUGUUCAAAGUUAAACACAGGCUAUGGAGAACAAUCUAUGCAAUCAAAUGUUGUCCUGUCAUCUUUUACGACUCAAGCUUUCACAGAAAAAGCCUUCAGUGCCUGAUGGAAGAAGCAGAAAAGAUGGAGAAGAUUAAAUUUCAACAUGUGGUGCCAAUUUAUGGAAUUUGUGACAGUCCUGAGGGGAUAGUAAUGGAGUAUAUGGACAAUGGGUCUUUGGAGAAACAACUUGCCUCUCAGCAGAUGAGCUGGUCUCUGAAGUUCCAGCUUAUCCAUGAAAUUGCAUUGGGUAUGAACUUCCUUCACAGCAUGAAACCUCCCUUACUUCACUUGGAUCUGAAACCAGGCAAUAUACUUCUUGAUGAGCAUUUCCAUGUAAAGAUUUCAGAUUUUGGGCUCUCUAAAUGGAUGGAUCACUCAAGCAAGAUGGACUACAUUGAAAAAUCAGCUAUAAGAGGCACCCUUAGUUAUAUUCCACCUGAAAUAUUUUUGCAAAAUUCCAGAACAUCAGGAAGCAAGCAUGAUAUUUACAGCUUUGGAAUUGUAGUCUGGGAGAUUCUGACACAGAAAAAGCCAUAUCCAGGGGCAAAUAUGAUGGGAGUGAUUGUGAAAGUUGCAGCAGGUAAAAGACCUCCUCUGGAAGAAAUCCCAGAAAAUCGACCACAGGAAUGUGAGCAAAUGAUAAACUUAAUGCAGAGAUGUUGGGAACAAAUCCCAGGACAGAGGCCAUGCUUUGCAGACAUCACUAUAGAGACAGACAUGCUGAUGUCUUUGGUCAAAUUUCCUAUUGUGGCUCCAUGCAGCAGUGACAAAGAAACACUGAUAAGGAAGGCAUCAAACAAAUCUACCACUAGCAGUUCUAGACUCAGUCAAAACAAUGAGCACUGCAGUUUUCCAUCUGACAACAGUGAAACCUGCGAAUCAGAAACCAAUUUUCUGUUUCAUUUGAUUCAGAAUAACAGGAUAACUUCAGAACAUGUUUCCAUGACAUUUGAAAACAGAUACACUAUACUCCAUUUUGCAGUGGGAAGAGGAGACUUAGAGAUGGUAAGAUCAGCGCUUAGUAAUGGUGCAGAUGUAAAUGCACAGACUGUAAGUGGUUAUACACCACUUAUUAUAUCUGUCCAGAAACGAGCUUUGGACAUGUGUGCAUUCUUAAUUGAAAAGCAUGCUGAUGUAAACUUGCCUGAUGAGGACAGAUGGUCUCCUCUUCAUUUUGCAGCUCAGAAUGGGGAUGACCGAAUCACACGUCUGCUUCUGGAUCAUCAUGCUUAUGUUAAUGCAGUAGAACAUGAUGACUGGACUCCACUUCACUUGGCGUGCCAGAAUGGGUUUGAAAAUGUGGCCCGGGUACUCAUCCUUCAUCAUGCAGAUCCAAACAUACAAGAGAAAGAAAAGAAAAAUCCGCUACAUAUUGCAGCAUACUAUGGUCAUUUUAGUUUGGUCAAACUACUUAUCAACCAGAGAGCGAAUGUGAAUGCUAAGCAAAAUGGUUGGAGGACACCGCUUCACAUAGCUUCUGAAAAGGGGCAUUACAGGGUUGUGCAGCACCUUAUAAAAAGCGGGGCAGUAGUUAACAGCCAAGAUAACUGCCAGUAUAGUUCUCUACACAUGGCAGGUUUAAAAGGUAACAACUUAAUCUGUAAAUAUCUAAUACAACAUGGGGCUAAUGUUGAUCUGAAAACAGUGCAAGGGUGGACACCACUACAUCUUGCAAGCUACAAGGGUCAUGUAGAUGUUAUUCAGACUCUUAAGAACAGCCUUGCCAAACUGGACAUCAGAGGUGAUAUGGAAUGGACUCCCCUUCACUUAGCAACUCGUUAUGGUCAAGAUGCAGCUGUCUCACAACUUCUGAAGGCUGGUGCAGAGCCUAAUGUUGUUGAAGCUUCUGGUUGGACACCACUGCAUCUUGCUGUCCAGCUGGGAAGUUUUCUAAGUGUCAUACAACUUAUCCAACACAAAGCAGAUGUGAAUGCCAGAAAUAGAUUUGGUUGGACUCCACUGCAUUUGGCAGCCUUAAAUGGAAAUGGUACCAUAGUCAAAAUCCUGCUAAAAGAAAAUCCAGAAAUAAAUAGCCAGGAUGCUCAUGGCUAUACUCCUCUCCAGAUUGCUAUUAGGAAUAAGAAAGACAGUGUGAUUGGCUUGUUGGAUGGCACAGAGUCAACAAGAGCUAGUUCAUCUUUCUCAGCUGUAGCACCUGAAAUGGACAAGCUAUAAGCAAUGAAACUGCUGAAGGUUGCUAAAUGUCGGACAUCACCAUUUCCAUUUUUUGAACCUACAUCUAUAGUUUAAAAUUAUAGUCCUCUUUGUUUGUUUCCCUGUCUUUCUUGUCUGUAUCUCACUCACACGUGUGUGUGUG